AUGAAAGGAGCUUCCUUGUACAUGCCUCGAGAAGACUCUUCAGGUGUGGCUCUGGGACGAGAACGAGAGUCGAGGACAAGGUCGCCGAGAGUCGAGUACAAGCACGAGAGUCGAGGACAAGGUCGCCGAGAGUCGAGUACAAGCACGAGAAUCGAGGGUAAGGUCGCCGAGAGUCGAGUACAAGCACGAGAGUCGAGGACAAGGUCGCCGAGAGUCGAGUACAAGCACGAGAGUCGAGGACAAGGUCGCCGAGAGUCGAGUACAAGCACGAGAGUCGAGGGUAAGGUCGCCGAGAGUCGAGUACAAGCACGAGAGUCGAGGGUAAGGUCGCCGAGAGUCGAGUACAAGCACGAGAGUCGAGGACAAGGUCGCCGAGAGUCGAGUACAAGCACGAGAGUCGAGGACAAGGUCGCCGAGAGUCGAGUACAAGCACGAGAGUCGAGGACAAGGUCGCCGAGAGUCGAGUACAAGCACGAGAGUCGAGGACAAGGUCGCCGAGAGUCGAGUACAAGCACGAGAGUCGAGUACAAGCACGAGAGUCGAGGACAAGGUCGCCGAGAGUUCACCAGUAUCACGCCCACCCACCAGUAUCACGCCCACCCACCAGUAUCACGCCCACCCACCAGUAUCACGCCCACCCACCAGUAUCACGCCCACCCACCAGUAUCACGCCCACCCACCAGUAUCACGCCCACCCACCAGUAUCACGCCCACCCACCAGUAUCACGCCCACCCACCAGUAUCACGCCCACCCACCAGUAUCACGCCCACCCACCAGUAUCACGCCCACCCACCAGUAUCACGCCCACCCACCAGUAUCACGCCCACCCACCAGUAUCACGCCCACCCACCAGUAUCACGCCCACCCACCAGUAUCACGCCCACCCACCAGUAUCACGCCCACCCACCAGUAUCACGCCCACCCACCAGUAUCACGCCCACCCACCAGUAUCACGCCCACCCACCAGUAUCGCCCACCCACCAGUAUCACGCCCACCCACCAGUAUCACGCCCACCCACCAGUAUCACGCCCACCCACCAGUAUCACGCCCACCCACCAGUAUCACGCCCACCCACCAGUAUCACGCCCACCCACCAGUAUCACGCCCACCCACCAGUAUCACGCCCACCCACCAGUAUCACGCCCACCCACCAGUAUCACGCCCACCCACCAGUAUCACGCCCACCCACCAGUAUCACGCCCACCCACCAGUAUCACGCCCACCCACCAGUAUCACGCCCACCCACCAGUAUCACGCCCACGCCCCCACCAGUAUCACCCACCAGUAUCACGCCCACCCACCAGUAUCACGCCCACCCACCAGUAUCACGCCCACCCACCAGUAUCACGCCCACCCACCAGUAUCACGCUUCUCUCAGGAAAUUAUUUUUUCUCAGUCGGGCAGUGAGGUAAAGUUCCGUUACGUUGUGACUAACACUCAAGUGGCAAGACGAGAAUGA